AUGGAACAGUGCGAGAAGAAAAUGGGAAAGACACUGGGGAUGGCUGGGAUGCUGCUGGUAGUCAUGGUGAUCCUUGCCUGUCUGUCGAAGAGUGUAGAUGGUGUCGACAGUUGUCAAAUUGGGGGCGUGGCUGCCUGUAUCAGAAUGAGUUCCCUAUUCCAAGUUGACUGUCCCCGUCCUCCAAGGAAGAAUAAAUAA